UAGGUACGGAGAAGGUGGGAAGCGAAACGAGGCUGUGAGGCCGGUGCGGAGAGUCUUGAUAAGAGAUUUGUACUCAUCGAACCAAUAGUCAACUCCUCCUCCUAAAUUGCACACACACACAUAGAGCUCAGUGAUCGCUUAGCCGAAGAGCUGGAUACCUGUAAGAAAAGAACGUCUGUUUUGUAAUAACCAGUGCUGGACACGAACAAUUGUGCGUUUUUACGCAUUGCUUCCUUGCGUUUGUUAUUCUGUUAUAUUCGAUCGAUAUUCGUCGGUUUUGAAAUGUUUUGCGCCAGCAUCCACAAGCAGUAUUGAAAUUCGCUGUUGUGAACUCAAGAGUGGAGGCCAGGAUACUACUCACCACUACAAUUCUACCGUGUUUUUAGUUGUUUUUUUCUUUCUGUAUUGUCUCUUGGAAUAAUUUUUGCCUUGUCCAUUUUGGUCGUAAUGCAAGUUGAACGUUUGCAGUAGUCCUUGAUCACUUUAAUUCGAUGACAGACUGAAAUUGGGGCAUUUUUGUGCAUCUUGAAAUCUGCAAGUUGAGCGCUGUUACUGGAUCCAGAGUUUACAUUGUGGUUUGCUGUUUUGGCCUGCAGAUCUGAGGGAGACGCUUGCAAGUGUAGCCCUCCAGUCUCCACGAUGCUCUUCCACGGGCUCCCCGGAGGCGAGAUGCAGGGGGUCAUCGACGAGAUGGACCGGAGGGUGAAGGGCGAAUCUACCGCCAUCAGUUCGGCUAUAGACAUGGGGGAAACUGAGACGAGUAUGACGUCCAUCAACAGCGACCGUGUGGCCUUGUGCGCGGGAUGCGGGGGAAAGAUAUCUGACCGCUACUACUUGCUCGCGGUGGACAAACAGUGGCACAUGCGCUGUCUCAAGUGCUGCGAGUGCAAACUAAACCUCGAGUCCGAGCUUACCUGUUUCAGUAAAGACGGCAGCAUCUAUUGCAAAGAAGAUUACUACAGCAGGAGGUUUUCCGUCCAGAGGUGCGCCCGGUGCCAUCUCGGGAUCUCGGCGUCGGAGAUGGUCAUGCGGGCGAGGGAUUUGGUCUACCACUUGAACUGUUUCACCUGUACUAGCUGCAACAAAAUGCUCACGACCGGAGAUCACUUCGGAAUGCGGGACAGUCUUGUGUACUGCCGGCUUCACUUUGAGACACUCAUACAAGGGGAAUAUCAAGCGCAUUUCAAUCACGCGGGGGAUGUAGCCUCGGGCAAAGGACUUGGCGAGAGCGGCACGGGAAACUCGCUGGGGAUGCAGUAUUACAACGGCGUCGGUACGGGGCAGAAAGGAAGGCCGAGGAAAAGGAAAAGUCCCGGGCCUGGAGCAGAUCUGGCUGCUUACAACGCAGCAUUAAGUUGUAACGAGAACGAUGGAGACCACCUGGACCGAGACUCCCACUACUCCUCCAGCUCCAAGUCCAAACGCAUGCGCACCUCCUUCAAACACCACCAACUGAGGACCAUGAAGUCCUACUUUGCCAUCAACCACAAUCCGGACGCCAAGGACCUGAAACAGUUGGCCCAGAAGACAGGUCUCACCAAACGGGUGCUGCAGGUUUGGUUCCAAAACGCCAGGGCCAAGUUUAGACGGAACCUACUACGUCAGGAGAGCACAGGGAUGGACAAGGUGUCGGACGGGUCCACUCUACCAGGGGGGUCGCCUUCGGGCCCCCACUCCGAGCUCUCCAACGCCUCAAUGAGUCCUUCUAGCACCCACACCACCCUCACGGACCUGACAAGCCCCUCUAUUCCGUCGGUUAACCCUCUACUGACCGCCGUGCCGGGGGGCAUGGACCCCCACGACUCCAUGAGUAUGAGUCCUUCCCAGACCACCCUUACCAGCCUCUUCUGAUGUUACCAACACCACCCCAUCCCAUCGCAGACCACCCUUACCAGCCUAUUCUGAUGUCACCGACCCCACCCCAUCAAAUAACCACCCUUACCACCCUUUUCUGAUAUUACCUACCCCAUCCCAGACCACACUUACCAACCUCUUCUGAGGUCACCGAUCCCACACCACCCCACCCCUCCCUAAACCCAUCCAACACCACACCAGGUCACUCAAAGACUAAGAGACUGAAGAGAGAGACACUUAAAUACAUGAUAUUCCCCGUGGACCUCAGAUUACUGCCCCGUCUAUUUCUAGUCUUUGUAUGAGUAGCAACUAAAGCCUUACAGAGCGGUCGGCUUGAUUUCAUCAAGAGCUGAAGAUACUUUUUCUGUUUUCAUCUUUGUUUCCUUUCCACGUUGGCUGACUGAUACUACCGAGAUGUAGAUUCUCACUCCACCACCCCGACCACUCUGUUUCUAGGUAGAGAUUUUUUUUUUUAAAUAUAUAAAAAAAUAAAAAGACAAUGGGAAAGGACUGUGAAACUGAAAAUGUAUUUGGAAAAAACAUUGGAGAGUGUAAAAUGCAGAUACAAAGUACUGUAGCAAGGUUAUCCGGAAGACUCUAGCGUGCCUUAUAUAUUUUAUCACACUGAGGAAUCCCUGAUCGGAUAGAUGUCUGAUCUAGGUGGCAUAUUUCUUGAAAGAUUUGGUUGAAGGAUGGGUGACCCACUGACAAACCACGUUUGCUUACAACAUGGCAAUGAAAGCAAUUCUAUUUUACAAUUCACUCUGCACACAGUGAGGACUGAUCGAUGAAAUAGAAAUAGCAUUGAUGAGAAUUAGAAUUACAUUGAUAAAGUUAAUAUAAAGAUAUCAUGGUCAUUAUCUUUUAGACUCAGUCAUUGCUUGCAGUACACACCAGUAAUAGUUGGUUACAACUUUGAUAUUUUGUAACAAUAAACUGUCCUAUGCGGAAAUGAGAUAUGAUGUAUAUUGAUAUCUGACUCGUUGCUUGAUGGAAUUGCAAUGAUACUAUUUUACAGUCCGCAUUUGAAUACACAACACAAGUAGCUACAACAUAUCUAACUAUUUUCCAGCAUCACACUGUUUGGUUUAUGAAUUGAUAGCUGUAACAUAUGGAUGAACUUUUCAUGUUGAGAUAUUAUCGGUCUAUUUGAAUAUUGGCUCAUUCGUCACUACAUAAGAGUUUAUAUCAGUAUAGUGUACCAGAUACACUUCUACAGUAUAUUGUACCAAAUGCACUUCUACACAUCAAAGAGGGGAGUCAUGCACACUCACAAGCGCGCGCGCACACACACACACACACACACACACACACACACACACACACACACACACACACACACCAUACUUACCUCAGUCUGAAGGUCUUUCUAUGUUCUUACUGCUGAAACCCAGCACUCUGAUUUUGAUUCUCAAAGUCCCCACAAUGUAGGAUAUAACAUAUAAGAAAUGUGCUUAGAACUGAGAUGCUUUAUGGGUACAUCUAACAAUUACACCCCUAAUCUAAAAAAAUCUUAAAGACCACUUCUAAAUACUUAUUUGGAAUUGUUCGCACAAAACAUGGUUGAUUGAAAUUGUCCCCACAAAAUUGUUCCUUGUGGGGACCUGUCUGAAUAUUGGUUUUGGUACAGAGAAACUAAUCAGGGAUUUGUGUGGUUGGCAAAUAAACCAACUUUACCUGGGUCGUGUUCAUUCGGACACACAGUAGCAAAACGUUUUGUAAUGGAAAACGUAAAUGAGCGUUUCUUAUUGGACAAAUUCAAGUAGUACCUCCUCGUUUUGGACUGUUGUUUUCCUGUUUGGUGCCUACUAGAAGCUGGUAGGACUAGGAGUGUUUCUGAUAUGGAGAAUCAAGCUGCCUUCCUUUUGACUGUGACUACCUUUACCUAUGGAUGAGGAUGGUGCUCUUACCUUAUCUUUAUCCUUGUAUGCAUGGAGAGCUGCUGUUGGGAUUCAACAUCCCUUUAACUACACAGUCUUUAGUUUGUUUGUUUGUCCUUCCAUUCUUGUACAGUUGCCCCCUUUUGAUGUACUUAAGCCUUCAGUUCUUUCAAAACAUAAAAUGGUGGACAAAACUUGA